UCAGAUAUUGGUGUUAUGGUACAGUGUGCCACGUUGUGCUGAGAAGGAGUGUAACUCGGCUGCGGAUUUAUCCUGCUACUCUGACACGGGGGCUGGGAAUUACAGUACCCCCGGGACAGUAACAUGCAGACAGGGGACAUCCUCGGGGAGAUGGAGGAAGAGGCGGAUGGGGAGUGGUACCAGAGCGACCUGCAGUUGGCUGCAGAACUGGGGAAGGCUCUCCUGGAAAGAAAUCGAGAAUUAGAAACCCAUGUCCUACAGAUUCAACAAACCAGCCAGGACCAACUCCUUGAGAAUGAGUAUCUGAACAAACAGUUGGAGACCCUGCGUGAAAACAGUGAUGCUCGAAUGCGUGUUUAUGAGGAAUUGGACAAGAAUGCUCAGGAGCUGGAGAAACAGAAUCAACGACUUAUUAUUGAUUCUCGGGCAGACAAACAAAGAAUAGAGAAGUUGAUGGAUACAGUGGAUACAAUGGAAAACAAAUGUGAUGACUUACAGAAAAAAAUUGAUGAACUAAAAAGUGAGAGGAGACGAGAGCACAAACAACAAAAACAGGAAUCACGUCGUGCUGUUAGUUUGGCAAACUUGCGUGAAAAUACGGACUACAUUAAAAAUUUAUACAAUGGUGAAAUUCAUUGGACCUACACAGAUCAGUUUAAAAACUUGCCUUUAAAUCCUUAUGAAGUGGAAAUUAAAGGCUUGCAGGAGACAAUCAAACAGCUGAAGGCCCAGCAACUGAUCGAGCGCAGAAAACGGGAAGAUUUGGAGACGGAAGUGAAGUUGUUAUGGGAGGAAAAUGAAUCUCUGGAAAAUAAAGUGAAAGAUAUGGAUAAGAAAGUGAAAGAAACUGAAGGGUUAGAAGAGGAACUACAGAAGGUUAAAUUGAAUGCUGCCAAAGUUUGUCAUCUUUGUGGUAAAUCCUUGGAGAAAGUUGUACCCAAGUCAGCUCUCGAGGCUGAGGUGGAACAUGAUGAACCAGAGGUGAAGAAUACCGGGAAACUCAUGAGGCUGGGAGGUGGUGGAAGUGUGUACGGCAGUACGGAAUCUGUGAGUAAGAUUGCACCAGACUCCCAGCCCAUCUCACCAGAAGAACCAGACUCACACAGUGUGUCCAUACUAAAUGAACUGGAAAAUCAGUACCAGAAUUUAUUUGAGAAAUAUGAAGAUUUACUUCAGGGCAGGAAACGAUCAAGUUUUCAUGAGUAUGAGGGUACUGAAGAGACCUUUGAUGAAGCCCUUCAUCGUCACCUGGCUGUUUCCCACAAGGAGGUCCAGACAUUACUGAAGCUACAGAAACAGACCUGUGACACUGCCUCCGGAGGGGCCACAUGUGCUGACGAACUUGGAAGUCCUCCAGAAUACAAAUCAUUAUUCCGUGACAUUUUUGCUACAUUGAAAAAAUCUCGAAUUGAGGAAGGUGGUGAACAGUUUCCAUCAUCACACUCUACCCCAGCUACAAGUCCUGUCAGUUAAAUGUAUAACAUGUCACAGAAAACCUGCCGAUCACUCAGGUUGUACAGGGUUAAUUAUGACACGUCUGACCAGUACAUUUGGAGGAGUAGUAGCCAGGAGUAAUGUUGUCAAGGUGUUUUUUUCCAAUAGUUAAAAUUUGUGUGGUUUUGAAGCAAAAAGGGUAUGUUUUUCACAGAUAUUAAAAUACAAGCAUUCAUGUCA